AUGUCUUCGAGCCUUGUGCCAAACGCCCAUCUACCACUGGGGCCAACGAUGGAUCUAGAAACAGAUCCAACGGCUGGACAGGAAAGCUACUGCCGAGAGCGCGCACGAAUUAAACAUUGGAAACAAGGUCUACGAUGGUGGUUCCCCAGCGGCGAGCGUUUUUUUAUCACUGAGGAAAACGACGUUGACACCUACAACAUACCAAUUAAUAUGCUUAGGGUGUCACACUGUGAUUCCCCCAUGACAUUUGACAUCAUCUUAGGUUACACAGAUAUAGAGGAACGAAACCCACACGUUCAGUUCCUGGCUAACCGGGUACGUCCACCAGUGAAGCCAAUGGUCGAUCCCAGGGAUGCGAAAGUCUAUCACCCCUGCGGGGCCACUGUGAUAGAAGAUCUCGUGGCAAUCUAUGAACGGAUUGGCGACAAUCCCUUGUCUUUCAAAGAGGCGGACAGGUUUCCACAGAGGGUAUCCAAAGUUGCUGGAGAGGAUUCGCCACUGGCGGACAUCCUCAGAGAAAUCAAAAUUAGUUUCGAGAAAACUGCGGUUCGUGAUGGCUACGCCGAUCCAGAGACUCCUUCUUCGUCCAGCUCGGAGAGUGAUGAAUGGCCUAUUGCUCUUGGAUAUGACGGCUGUGGAGAUGACGUUCCUAUUCGUGCCAAUAUUGGUGCACACAGAAGCAGCAGAAGAGUAAUUGAGAGAGAGUAUUCCCCAGCGACUGCAGCAUACCUCGUGGAUGCGUCUUCAGAUGACUCUUUCAAUACCCGUUCUUUCAGAGUGGAAGACCAGACGCGAGACUGA